AUAGUACAGGAGAUGACCAGAGACUGUGGACAUAGUACAGGAGAUGACCAGAGACUGCGGACAUAGUACAGGAGAUGACCAGAGACUGCGGACAUAGUACAGGGGAUGACCAGACACUGCGGACAUAGUACAGGAGAUGACCAGAGACUGCAGACCUUUGGGGAGCGGAAGGGGGAGUGGGUACCCAAAUUUGACAGGUACCCACUCCCACUUCCGUGGAGUUGUCCUCCCUCCCCAUUUUCUGGAACAUGUGACAGGUCCCAGAAGACUGCCGGACCAUUCACAAAGCAUAGCGCUUCUCGUGUAUGCGCAGAGCCCACACUAAAGAUAGCAGCGCCAGGGAGAGAAGAC